AGCCAAUUCAGACUCCUAACACGCCUAGGGAGCCAAUUCAGACUCCGAAAACCCCUCGGGAGCCAAUUCAGACUCCUCACAGGCACUCCGGACACGCCUGCGGAGCCAGUUCUGACUCCAAACAGGCCUGCGGAGCCAGUUCAGACUCCGAACAGGCCUGCGGAGCCAAUUCAGACUCCGAACAGGCUCCGAACAGGCCUAGGGAGCCAAUUCAGACUCCGAACAAGCCUAGGGAGCCAAUUCAAACUCCGAACAAGCCUAGGGAGCCAAUUCAGACUCCGAGCACGCCUAGGGAGC